AUGAAUACCAACGCACGUGCAUUCAUCCCACAAAAUAUGGCAACGAGGACAAACAAUCCUCCUUCAACACCCAUCUCACGUGCUCAACGUCCGCCUGGACGAAACUUCGCAUCGAAUCAGAAUUCGCUCCAGCCUGAGUUGAGAAGGAAUGGCUCCAAGAAUCAAACUUAUCAUGCUCAAGGGGAUCCAAAUGACGGGAGUAAUAGCAAUUCCUCUGGCGAGAAUGAUUCAGGUCAAGCUGAUGAAUCGCAUUCUCCUGUCACUACAGUUUCAACAGCUCUGAGUGAUGUGGUCAUUACUGAUGCGGAUCCCAUGGCAUAUGGUGCUCCAAAUAAAAGAGGCCAAAUUUCUCUUAAUCAUCUUUUGAAUUUCUCAUUUCCUCCGAGACAAAGUUCUAAUGCCAAUGUUCCUCGAAGACAGAAAGCAAUUAAUUAUCAACCUUAUAAUAAAGAACGCUUUUUGAAUGCAAAUUUCAGGUUUCUUGUCAAAUCGAUGGGUGAUUACACCGUUUAUCAAGCUGAUCCGGAUCUAUUGCUUAAUUGGCAAGACAUCGAGCAAGUGAUUAUAACUAAUCCUAACAUUCCCAGCUGUCCGAUUUGUCUUCAACAACCAACCGCAGCUCGUGUGACCAAAUGCGGUCACACAUAUUGUCUUGCUUGUAUUCUUCAUUAUUUGCAACUGAAUGAUGAAGACGACAGGCCAAACAAAAAAUGGCGUAAGUGUCCUAUUUGUUGGGAUGCUGUAUAUUCUAAGGACCUUAAAUGCGUCAGAUUUUGGUCUGUCAGAACUAUUGGAAAAGUAGGUGGUGGAUUGACAAAAGGAGAGGAGAUGCUUACUAUGCGACUCAUUCAACGACCUGCGAAUUCAACUGUCGCGCUUCCGCGUUCAUCAACUUGGCCACUCCGUGAUGACGAUAACAAUGCAUCACACUCAGUUCCUUGGUAUUUUACUCCUAACGCGCUCGCGUUUUCAAAGUUGACACUUGUUUCAAUCGAUUAUAUGCAUAGUGAAUAUAAUCGUGAUUUAAGUGAGUUAGAAGACGCGUUACAGGAAGCCCAUAAUUGGAAUUCUAUCGAAGAAAUUCCAUUCAUUGAAAUGGCCAUAGUUAAUGUUAAAGAACAUUUAGAAGUUCUCGAAAAAUUAUCCACCAAAGCUGCUCUUGACGCCGAACAAUGUGCACGUGAAAUUUUAGACAUGGCAGAUGCUGAUUAUAAUAAAAUUCAAGACAAGGCAAAUUUAUUAAAUGCAAUUGAAACAUCUUAUCAGGAAGUUGACGUCUUUGCAGACGAAGUUGCUUUAGUUAAUAAUACAUCACAUGAGGAUAUUAAUACCACAUCGUUUAAAAUAAGUUCUGAUGCCAACCCUCCACCCUUUUUACCAGAUGACUUUAAAUAUAAGCCUCAUAUUGCAAAUUUAAGCCCAUUAACCCCUGAUGAAAAGCCCAAGAUUAAAACUACUAAGGUUUCUCGUGCAUACGAUCGUGAGUAUUAUUAUUAUCAAUCCGAAGAUGGACAACAUAUUUAUUUGCAUCCAUUAGAUAUUCGUGUAUUGAAACAAGAAUUUGGAUCGUAUAAUCAAUUCCCAAAUGAUAUCACCGUUCGUAUUCUUGGCGUUGACGAAUCUACAAUGACCGAGGAUCUUCGUAAGCGUUGUAAAUACUUGAGCCAUUUACCUUUGGGUUGUGACGUAACUUUUCUAGAAGUAGAUUUAAAAGGAUUCGUUUCAGAUAAUUCAUUGAAGGUUUUUGAAAAUGAAUUAAGGCAACGUUACAAUCGUCGCAAAGAAAAGGCACGUAAAGAAGAAUGGCCACAUGAACUGGCCGCUCGUAAGGAGCGACAUAAUAAAGAAAUUCAACAGGAAUCGUUUAGUUCCGAUUCAUUUUUUCAGCCUUAUUCUUAUCGCGAAGCUGGUAGUAGUUCUGGGACAGCGAAUCAAGAAUCUUCCGACACCAAUGAAAAUGUGCCUGAUGAUAAAAAUAUCAAACCUGGUGAUCAGUACAAUGGACCAAAAACAGUAUGGGGAACUCCAGCCGUAUCCUUUCCAAAUGUUACAAAGCCCAAGGAUUCCACUGAAGAUGAUCUUGAACAAGAAUCAUGGGAUAUUCCGGAAGAGGAAAUUUAUGUCGGUAAAAAGCAGAAAAAGAAAAAAUUGGUUUUAAUGUCUACAGGUG